AUGGUUAUUCUCAAAGGCCCUCGCACCCACCCAGCGAAACGCAGCCCUGGCACCCACCCAGCGAAACGCAGCCCUGGCACCCACCCAGCGAAACGCAGCCCUGGCACCCACCCAGCGAAACGCAGCCCUGGCACCCACCCAGCGAAACGCAGCCCUGGCACCCACCCAGCGAAACGCAGCCCUGGCACCCACCCAGCGAAACGCAGCCCUGGCACCCACCCAGCGAAACGCAGCCCUGGCACCCACCCAGCGAAACGCAGCCCUGGCACCCACCCAGCGAAACGCAGCCCUGGCACCCACCCAGCGAAACGCAGCCCUGGCACCCACCCAGCGAAACGCAGCCCUGGCACCCACCAGCGAAACGCAGCCCUGGCACCCACCAGCGAAACGCAGCCCUGGCACCCACCCAGCGAAACGCAGCCCUGGCACCCACCCAGCGAAACGCAGCCCUGGCACCCACCCAGCGAAACGCAGCCCUGGCACCCACCCAGCGAAACGCAGCCCUGGCACCCACCCAGCGAAACGCAGCCCUGGCACCCACCCAGCGAAACGCAGCCCUGGCACCCACCCAGCGAAAACGCAGCCCUGGCACCCACCCCAGCGAAACGCAGCCCUGGCACCCACCCAGCGAAACGCAGCCCUGGCACCCACCCACGAAACGCAGCCCUGGCACCCACCCACAAAACGCAGCCCUCGCACUCCACCAGUAAAACGCAGCCCUCGCACUCCACCAGUAAAACGCAGCCCUCGCACUCCACCAGUAAAACGCAGCCCUCGCACUCCACCAGUAAAACGCAGCCCUCGCACUCCACCAGUAAAACGCAGCCCUCGCACUCCACCAGUAAAACGCAGCCCUCGCACUCCACCAGUAAAACGCAGCCCUCGCACUCCACCAGUAAAACGCAGCCCUCGCACUCCACCAGUAAACCGCAGCCCUCGCACUCCACCAGUAAAACGCAGCCCUCGCACUCCACCAGUAAAACGCAGCCCUCGCACUCCACCAGUAAAACGCAGCCCUCGCACUCCACCAGUAAAACGCAGCCCUCGCACUCCACCAGUAAAACGCAGCCCUCGCACUCCACCAGUAAAACGCAGCCCUCGCACUCACCCAGUAAACGCAGCCCUUGCACUCACCCACUAAAACGCAGCCCUUGUACUCCACCAGUAAAACGCAGCCCUUGUACUCCACCAGUAAAACGCAGCCCUUGUACUCACCAGGUCAAACGCAGCCCUUGUACUCAACAGGUAAAACGCAGCCCUUGUACUCAACAGGUAAAACGCAGCCCUUGUACUCAACAGGUAAAACGCAGCCCUUGUACUCAACAGGUAAAACGCAGCCCUUGUACUCAACAGGAGAUUGCACAGCAUGUGAUGGAUAGAAAGUGCCUGAAUAAUGCUUCAUAA